UACGUAAAUCUCUCUGAAAUGCAAUCACAACAGCUAUCGGUGCUGUAAAUUACUACUGAAACACAACACUCAAUGAAAUGCGGCCGAAGAAGCGAAAAUUUGCAAGUCACCAGACUUGACUGUGGUGACUUUGUUUUGCAGAAAUAUGCAGGUACCUUGCUGGCUAUUCCAUGCUUUUUAAAGACGGGCAGGCGUAGACAGGCCAACUUUACUUGGUAGCAGUGACGGGUUGCGACGUAGGGCUCUUAUAGGCCCAAAAUUGUAUCUAUAAAUUUCACAGUUAAUUCACUACUCAUAUAUAUCUGAAUGUAUGUAGCUGAAAUGGACAUUUAGGCCUAAAUUUUGAUUUUAUGAAGAAGAAUACCUACGGAUGGUUUUGUAUUAUCUAGUUCAUUCAGUAUCCUAUCGGGUCAAUAUCAGGCUGGUGACUAAAACACACAAACAGACGAAAGUGCCAAUGUCCUGGAAAAUUGUUAUUAGAACAGUAUAAAUACGUAAGACGAGAUGGACCAUAUUGAAAAAGCAAGCAGGAACAAGGGAUUAUCAAAGAAAAGAUUUGAAAGGGAAAUCUUUGAGUUAUCAGCAAAAAUCAAAGACAUCGAAGAGAAGCUUAAAUCUCUUAAUCCAAAAAUACCAGACAAAUCACACUAUGCAGCCCUAAGGAGUGAACACCAAGGAAAACUCAGUGAUGUAAAGGCACAGAGAGAUAGCCAGUUUAAAGAAAAACGCAUUGUGGAUGCACAACUGCGGGAAGUCAAUCAAGAAGUCCAAACCAAGAAUGAUGCCAUUGGCAAGUUGAAAAGCAAUCUGAAGUACAAGAAUGUUGAAAAGGUGGAUAAUGUCAUAAGGAGGCUUGAGGCUCAGCUUCAAAGGAUGCAAAUGAAAGCAUCAGAAGAGCGAAGAAUGCGCCAAGAAAUCUCAGAUUUGCAGGGAUCAAAAACAAAAAUCCAAGACCUGAAAGAUUUGGAAGGGGAAGUUAUUCUACUCAGAGCUAAACAAAAAGAUCUUAGAGCUCGUCGAGAUGAGAAUCUACAACUAAUAACAUCUAUUAAACGAGAGGAAACUGAAGCAAAAUCAGUAUUAGAACAACAUAAGAAAGCAGAGGAUGAAGAAUGGGCGAUAUACAAAGAGAACCUAUCGAGAAGAGAUCAACUAAGAAACCAAAGAGACUCACUACUAAAGAGAAAGAGAGAGUUGACUGAUCAGUUUAGAAAGAACCAGAGCUCUCUCCGUGAUAUUUGGGCACGAAAGGACUUGCAGUGGGGACAUUUGUUGAACGAUCAAGAUUCAAAAUCGAAAGAACAGAAUCCAAUGCAAGGCCUACAGAUUGUAACUGAAAGAAAGAAACCGUUUGAAGACGAUAUAAUGCAUUGUAAUGUAUUGCUCUCCUUCUUGGAAAAAUAUGAGACACAAACUGACGGGAAGGAGUUUGAAGGAUCUGAGCAGAAAACAGCGCAAGAAGUUUCAUCUGAGCCUAAAGAUGACAUUUACCAAGGAGUAAAACGAAGGCCUAGCAAGCGCGAACGACGUAGAAAACAACAUUUUGCUGAGGCCUCAAAAAAGCUUGAGCUCCAUGUCUCUGUUCUUGAGCGUUUCGUUUCGUUGGGCAUCCAACCACCGGCUUCUUUGGUUGAUUUACCACGAGCAAAAUCAGCAAUUGAGGAGAAAAAGAAAUAUUUUAUGGAGAAACAGUUAUACAUCACAAAACAGUCGAGCAUUAAGCGCGCGAAAUCGAACCCAUUUAUCGUACCCAUGUCAAAUACAGACAAUUUACUAACGACGAAUAAUAUUGGUCUUGACAUGGAAGCAGGAACCAAUGGACCGGAGGAGGAAAAUCAAAGGAAAAAUAGUUUCUUCUAUAAUCGUAGGAGACACAAAAGUUGCCCCUCGCUACACAAAACUGUAGACGAAAGCUCUGAUAAAGAUGCCCAAUUCUUAAGAAAUGAAACCUCGGACAGGGAUUCAACUCAAUCAAUCAGCGGCAGCAACAGCGAGUACGAGCCCGAGUCACCGAGAAGUACGACGUCAUCAUCAAGUUUCGGCAAAUUUCGAUCUAGUUACGAUGACCUCAAGGCAGCUACCAGUGAAUUACCAACAGGUUUCAUUGAAUCCCGAUCGCCUGAUAGCGAAGAAAAACUGCAGUUUUACUAUGAUGAUGAGAGGGAGGCCAAAGAUUCUCGAUUUGAUGAUAGCCGCAAGAGUUCGAAAUUCCAGCUUAAGGUUCACUUUGCCAAUGAUAUUCGAGAAGUUCUGGACGAUGCAAACGUCCUACAUGGUGGAUCAAUGGAAUAUGGGCAUGAGCGGGGAGCUAAGAACAAGCAGAGAACUGGGAACGAGCACGGAGCUGGUGACGAGGUAGAAUCAGGUUCUGUAUUAAACAGUGAAAACCUACAUUCAGAUCAAAGCAAAGGUCUGAAAAUGGGUGUGAAUGGAAAAGAGGUUCCAGUAGAGCAAAAAGAAGCAAUAGUCGGGCAGUCUUCCGUAGGAAUCCCUAUACAUAUGAAUAAACCUUUUAGUAAUCAUGGUUGGCAAGACGAAGAUUUAGCUGUUGAAAGCCAAUUUCGUAGGUUGCACCGAGUCGAAAGUGGGCAGCACUAUUCUUCGGGUGAUGAUGAAUAUAAUGAUAGCAAGGGAUUUACUGACGCAAGCGAACUGCAGUUUUCAAUGGAUGACUCGCCGUCAAAUUCAUGCGUUGAACAGCAGUCGACUGCGCAGAACAUUAAGUCAGGUGGCAUCAGCUCUACUCGUUUUAGUCAUCAAGUGACCGAUGCAUUGCCCAGUCAGCCACGAUCGACUGGCGGUUGCAGUCCAAGGAGGUCAAUGGGAUGCCUUGAUAAAAACGAUGAAAGCGUUGAAGUAACGACCUAACCUAGUAUUUUUAUCAAUUAUAGUAGAUAAUUUAUACAUAUGCUGCCACUUGAAAUCAUAUAAUGCAUCUGGCAUGUGUUAGAUGUUUAGUUAUGCCCGUCUCGCGAAUGAAAAGUGUUUCCACACCCCACUUGACACGCAAGCCCCCUUUUCUUACAUUGUUGCUUAGCAAUUGGAUUUUCCAAAAUUAAAUUGCACUCUAUUUUAUACGACCGUUCAUGAGGAGAUUUGGCCAGAUAGUUUAAUAGAGAUUAGAAACAAAUGAAUAAAGCAUCCAAUACAGCCAAUUUAGACUGCAGAAGUGAAGGUCGACCUUUCUGACCGCAACAAGUGAAGAAGCCUAUUCUCAGUCCUAAUAAGCACCCCCAUUCGUUUUUACGCUUGAAAGUACAGUUAGUUAAUCGUAUUAGAAAAUUUUCCAAGACCCCAUUUUAUUCUUACUCCAAUAGAGUGUGCAGAUAAUUGUUUUGCUAAUAUUUCUCCGGCUAGAUUAUCAAUUUGGGGAUUAAGUAACUAUAAAGAAAGACUCUCCUAACUCUGAAAACCAGAGUUUCUAAUAAAGGCCGACAGACAGAGAUGAUCCGUAGCCAGCAAAAUCAUGAGUACAAGUUGACAUUAUGAGAGCAGCAAGCAACUCAUGCAAAUUUAAGAAAUUAUAGAAUUAUUAUAGAAUUAUAGGAUCGGUCCCAAACAAGAAUAAGAAUAGAGAUUCUAUAUUCUGUGCUUUCGUGUGGUGCUGCUGGCGUGAUGUCAGAUAUAUUAAAACUGGCCCAUCCAAUUAUAACUGAGAAUUUAGAUUUGCACACCUUUCCUAUAUUUUCAUUUACUCAUUGGCUUACACGAAGCGGUGCAUUUUUGAUGUGUGUUCUCUGUGUUCUUUACAAGGCAAAAGGAUACAGAGCGUGUCAGAUGGUGUCGCUUGCCUGUUAUCAGUGCACCGAUAUAAAAUGCUUUUAUGUAACAGUCAAUCCUUCAUCGCGUCAAGGGAGGGCGCUUGUUUCUAAGUCACGGUGAUAUAGAAAUUUUGUCUUAUAAAGAUGAUAGUUUGCAGCGCCAUUUAUGUACAAAGUUUAGGUUUUUAAAUUUUAGGAUUACCUGACAACUAUUCUAAGCGUCUUUUAGUAAGAUGCCGUCCGGGUUCAGAAUAUGUUCGUGUAAAUAUUCUUUGCACUUAGGCCGUUUUUUAAAUCUUCCUCUAAUGUUCUUGCUUCAAGGUUUUCAGCAGGAAUAAUCAAUAUUUUGAGGGGGUUGAAUGAACACAUUUUGAUAAAGAGGGAAGAAGAGGGCUGGAAGGUAACAAGAACAUUUGUCACUAAAAACAAACGCUAUCGAUUUGUUAUCGAAUAUAUAGACCAAAUUAGAAGCCCGAGCAUAAAACUCAUUUAUACCUAUAAGUUCAUACAUAUUUUGUUAAUUUCAAGUCCCUCUGUGCUCAUUUGUCUAAUAUAUAAAGGUCAUUUUGUACGAUCCUUUGCAUAACUUUUGACUAAACAGGAACAGUCAGGCUCACUCCCAGGGCCUUCGAUGACAAUUGUGCUCAAGUGCCAAUGUCUCUCUUGUCAACAAAAUUAGCGAAUCCUCCUUUCUUUACACUAGUUUUGAAAAUUCUCUGUCUAAGCACCCCCUACAUUCAAAUAUUCCCUCCUUUUGCAACGAAAUUUUUUUCGAGGGAGUCGCACCCCAUACGCACCCCAUAGCAACGCCCCUGUUCACUCCUAAAAUUGAAAAUUACAUGAUAUAAACCCUUACUAUAUCCAUAUUAUAUUGCUGAUGCUUUAAUCUGGGACGCCAAAAGGUCGAGUAACGCCAUUUCCGUAGAAAGUUUCCUAUUGGUUCCCCUAUUAUUGGUCCUAGGACCACGACUCCAGUUUUCAUGGAGUGUGCGGGUCUACUUCGAUUUUAUCAUAAGAUGACAUCUUGCAUCUGCUAUAGCCACUUCUUACAUGUUCUAGUGUGACUUAGCUAGUAAUGGAAUUUCUGAAUAAAUGGCAGUAUAUACUAAUUGAAUCGUCUGAUAUUAACAUAAAAUGUUUGAAUGUUUUUGCUUUCAGAAUUUUGUUACAACAUAGAAUUUUGUUCUGAUGCAUAUAAAGAAUUCGUUA